AUGCCCAAGAACCACAGGAAGGUAGCAGCCGCUCACGCUAGGGCCGCACGAUGGUCAGCUCCAACAGCUCCAACUGCCGAGCACAGUAACUCCACUCUUCAAGCCACCCCCGCACAAACCUAUUCCGAGUUGCAGGAACAAACAUCAGAGCCGUCCAAACUCUGUGGCAGGGAAGUUAACCUGAUAGAGCUGGACUCCGAGUAUGAGUGUGGUUAUACUGGGGGUGUCAGUUGUUAUUGGUCAGAUACAGGUGAUGAAUAUGAAACAGACUCGAAUGCUGAUAGCGAAAGGUCGGAGUGCGAUAGCCUCUGCGAGCUGGAGGGCAGCGAGCUUGAGGAAAACUUGAGGGAGCUCCGAGAAGAGGUCAUAGCCCUGGGCACAUCAGUGGACAGUUUGUUCGACAAGAUAUCCAAGCCGAAGACAGGCGCAGUUUGA